UUUGUAAACAUGUUGUUCCUGACCAUUCAAUCUGUAACUCAGUUGCUUUAACUGGAACGUCUGAAUCUGCAUUACCAUCGGCCCUCAUGACUGUACUUUAAGCUCCACCCCUUAUCUUUACAAUAUUCUGACAGACUCUUUAUAAUAUCUCAGUGUCUUUAUAGGCAAGAGCAUACUGUAAGAGAGUUCACAGCUUUCCGCCGACUGCAGAAACACAUAGUUACAGGCUGCUGAUAAUGGACAGAGGACAAUUUCCCCCUCCAUAUGCACCACAGGUGGUCCAAACCAACAUAUCCUACCCGGCACCGCAGGUUGCCUUUCAAACCCACCCAGCUCCAAUGGCCACGGUUUACCCAGCUGCACAGAUGCCAGUCAUGGCUGCAGCUCAGCCUGUAUUUGUGCCUGCCGCUGGUGAGUGUUGAUGUGCUACGGGUCUCUGGUUCUGUGGCUUUGCAUCACCAGCUUGUUUCUCUUUCAGCUCCAGUGGCACAGCCUGUAAUUCAGAUGGUCCCGGCUCCUGCGCCGGCCCCGGAUGCAGUAAUUAUUCCACCACGUCUGACUACUGUUGCGGGGCGGAUGAAAUGUCAAUACUGCCAGAAGGAGGUCGUAACAGAGAUGAAAUAUAUCAAUGGCAUGAUGGUGUGGGUCAUCUGUGCAAGUCUUGGCUUUUUAGGGGUCUGGCCGUGUUGUUUGAUUCCAUUCUGUGUGAAAGCCUGCAAGGAUGUAGAGCAUAGCUGUCCACACUGCAAAACCGUCAUCCAUGUGCACAAACCCAUGUAGCUUGCUCUGAAACCAAGAAAAUCUGGAAGACCAAAGGAAAAACUUUGAGUGGCCGAAAUGGCAGCAUUAUCUGGACUUUAGGGGGAAAGCGGGGUCGGUUGCAAGACUUUUUGCAUUUACUUCUGUUUCUUAGAGACUGUGUGUGUUAGAAAAAGCCAAAAUUGUAAUGCUAGUUUAAUGCUACAUCUGUCAGCUGUAAUGUAUGUAACAUAUGAUAAUAUAUGUACAAAUUGUUCUUGAACAGACAAGGUCAAAUGCUACAAUUGACCCCAAAACAGGGGCAGUUUGAACAUUCAUAAAAAUUUUAUAAAAUCGUUCUUUAACAUCAUUUAAACAAAUAAAUCUGUAAAAUAACAGAAGUGGCACCAUUCAUUUUAUGUGCAUUUCCGAUCAUUCUAAAAUACAACACAAUGUUGUGUAAAAUACAGGUAAAA